AUGGCAGCUUUAUCAUGUCGAUUCUAUGAAAAUGAAUUUCCGGAUAUUGAAGAUACUGUUAUGGUUAAAGUCCAGAAAAUUGAAGAUAUGGGUGCUUAUGUAACACUUUCUGAAUAUGAUGGAAAAGAAGGAAUGAUUUUAUUAUCUGAAUUGUCACGUCGAAGAAUCCGUUCAGUCAAUAAAUUAAUUCGUGUUGGAAGAAGUGAAUGUGUUGUUGUUAUUAGAGUGGAUAAAGAAAAAGGUUAUAUCGACUUGUCCAAAAGACGUGUAUAUUCCAAAGACUUAAUUCAAUGUGAAGAUCGUUUUGCUAAAGCAAAGGCUGUUAAUAGUAUUUUAAGACAUGUAGCUGAUCAAUUGGGAUAUACAGAAAAUGAAAAGUUGGAAGAAUUGUAUCAAAAGACUGCUUGGCAUUUUGACAGAAAAUUGAAGAAAAAAGCUGCUUCUUUUGAAAUAUUUACCAAAGCUUUAACCGAACCAAAUGUUUUUGAUGAAUGCGGAAUUGAAGAUCCAAUAAAAAAUAAAUUGCUUGAAGAAAUUCGCAAAAAAUUAGCUCCAAAACCUCUAAAAAUCCGAGCAGAUAUUGAAGUCAGUUGCUUUUCUUAUGAGGGAAUUGAAGCGGUUAAAAAGGCUUUAAUUGCUGGUAAAAAAUGUUCAACUGAAGAAUUGGUUAUUAAGAUUAAUUUAAUUGCUGCUCCUCUUUUUGUUGUUAGUAAGUUAAAUUUUCAUUUUUUUUACAAGUCGAACCUCAAUAUGAAAUAAACUCAAUAUUAGACACACCUCCAUUUAAGAUAACUUCAAUCUGUGGUUGACCUAAUCAAUUAGGUGUGGUUAAUUGUGGGUAUGGGAGAUCUGUUAAGGCAAUUAGGCCCGUAGCCAGGUUUUUUUUUUCGGAGGGGGGGGGGGGCAAGGGGGGAAAAUUUUUUGCGCCAAAUUUUUGGCGCAGAAGGCGCCCCUGGCUACGAGCCUGAAGGCGAUAGAUACCCUCUAUUUGAAAUACAUCCCGCUAUAAGAUACACCUCGUUAUUAAGUACACCCAAUACUAGGUACUUCUCUAUCCCCAAUUUAAGAAGUGUUCAAUUAUUAUUUAAUUGGCCACUGGGGGAGCUGCCGAGACAAUACCCUCGAUUUAAGAUACCCCUCAUUAUAAGAGACAAGUCAGUCCGAAGGUGUAUUUAUAAGCGGGGUUAUGUUUUUUU